GCCUUCGAAAAUUCCAAACUCCAAGUGGCCGGCGUCGCUUCGUGCCUUCUCUUUCCGUUGUCGGCCGAAGCUCCUCGUGCACCCCGUGUGUCCAUUAUUCGCCUCUUCUUUUCGUUUAACCCAAGCAAGAAAAAAACACAUCCCCAGCUGCGAAAAUGACGGACAACAAGGAGCGCACUUUCAUCAUGAUCAAGCCCGACGGGGUGCAGCGUAAUCUCGUCGGCAAGAUCAUCCAGAGGUUCGAGGACAAGGGCUUCAAACUUGUCGCCAUGAAGAUGGUCUGGGCCAGCGAAGAUCAUCUGAAGGAACACUACGCUGACCUUGCUAACAGGCCCUUCUUCACAGGUUUAGUGAAAUACAUGAGUUCUGGACCAGUAGUGCCUAUGGUAUGGGAAGGUCUUAACGUCGUCAAGACCGGGCGCGUCAUGCUCGGCGAGACGAAUCCCAAGGACUCGGCUCCAGGCACCAUCCGUGGUGAUUUCUGUAUCCAAGUCGGCCGCAACAUCAUUCACGGCUCGGACUCCGUGGAAGCUGCCAAAAAAGAAAUCAAGUUGUGGUUUGGAGAUGAGAAGAAGAAGGAGGUCAUCGAUUGGGCCGCCUGGGCCGAGAAGUGGAUCUAUGAAUAGAUUGUUUAUUAAUCAAAGGAUUUUAUCUCAUUCCACUUUUUAAUGAUGAAAAGGAAAACUACAACCUGUUAACGAGGAUAAUCGUUGCCGAAUCAUUGUGCAACAAUUAUUAUUAUUAUUAAAAGAAGUAUUUGCUUCAUAAUGAACCACGUAAAAAAAACUGCCAAUUGCGCAGCUAUAGUGAUAAUUGUACAUACUUUGAAGCUGCUAAAGAAAUAAACGUUCGAUUUGCUCUUAACUGAA